GCAUAGGAUACGUAAUUUCUAUUUUUAGCAGCAUUAUUGCACAAUAAGUAUACGAGUAUGUGAAAUUUUAAGUCAUUAGAACGAAUGUAGACAGAGGGAACGGACAUUCAAACCAGCCAAACGGGCGAAGGCCAACAACAGGCAAGGCAAAGAAGCCGAAAGACUAGAAAGGAAGCCAUAUUGGAAGGCGAAAUCCGCCUUAGUACGACAAUUGUUGAUACUUUCAACAUUUCUACCACAGUCAGCACGACGGAGCUACCUACGGACUUUGUUAACAUGCUUUGUGAUCAGGAAAUUCAGUGCCACUCGGAAGCUGGGGAGAUUGUUCCGAAUACCCUUGAUGAACUUGUCGAGUACUUGGACAUCGAGGGAGCAGAGCAGGGUUCUGGACUGUUCGGAGACGAGAUUCAUACAAUCGUCGAUGGACAGUUCAAAGAAUUCACUACGUUCGGUACAGAAGAUGAGUGGCCUGUUUGACACCGAUAAAGCUAGCAACACAACUGUUGCUAGCAAGGCCUCGAAACCUGCUGCACUGGACAUCAACAAGAUGGAUAUAAACAGCAUAGGGGGCUUUAUGCCCGAUGAUGAUUUGGGCGGCAUUAUUGCUGACAUGCCGUUUGACCUGACAGAGGAAGACUACCUGGACAGCUUCGUGGAUCUCUCGAACUUUCUCCUGCCGGAGAAUUCUAUGAAGGGAUCCAGCUUGGCAGUUGAUUCUGAAGUUGACAAUGGGGAAGUGAAGGAAACGAUCCCGACGGAUUUCUCUGGAAUAAUCUCCCAUCUUAAUACAGAACCAGCUGUCUUUGAAGUUACACCAGAAGUGGUUACCUCGACGUCAUCAUCUCUUCGUAAACGCAAGCAUGUGGACUACGAAGAGGUGGUAGUAGACGACUUUGUUAUCAAUGUCGUAGAUCAGCCCAUUGACGGCGAAUGCUCAAUGGCUGAUCACGACUAUGUAUCAAAGAAGCCUAGAUUGGCUGAACCAGUCACAACUGUGAAGGCUUCACAUGUGACUUCAUCCAUUCAGUCUAAAGUCACUCCCACGUACAAAUCGACGGACAAGUACAGGGAGAGACGUGACAAGAAUAACGAAGCAUCACGGCGAUCACGACAGAUCCGAAAGCAGAAGUUCAUCGAAAUGGACAGUGAGGCGAAUGAUCUUGAAGUGAAGAAUGAGGCGUUGCGGAAGAAAAUUAUUGAAUUAGAAGCUUUAGCUAAGACCAUGAAGGCAAUGCUUAUCAAAAAGAUGACAGACAAAUAAACAGACAUUCAGGCUGAGAAACAAUAGAAAUAUAUAAUUAUUUUCAAGACUGCAUCUAUAGAACAAGGAAAACUCAGUAAAGAUUUUGUAUUUAAAGCAAAGUUUACCUUGAAUACCAGGGUUUUUAGAAUUUUGAAAAAAAAAUCUUACAACAGAUUUUCAGUUAUGUUAAUAAACUGUAAAUUAAUAAAUUUUUAACACCCAGUUUUGAUAACUUCAGUCAUUUUCAAAGUUGUUCCGUACUAGACUAGGAUAGAACCGAAAUUGGGAGGAUUGCUAAUGUUUUGUUAUUCUUGUUCUUUUUUUACACUUCUACACAGUGUAAAUUGUUAAUUUCACAGUUCAGAUCAUUUUCACAUUUUGACAGGUUGAAAAUUGAUGAAAAGUUUUGUAUAUUUUUAAUAUGCCAUGUUGAUCGUUGUAUCCUGACUUUUAAUUGCAUUCAUAAACAUGUCAUUGACUACUGUGAUUUUAACUGAUGAGAUAAAAUGAAAAAAAUAUAUAUAUAUAAAAAAAGUGAAAAAUUGCUAAAAUAAAAAAAAUUAAAUACUCAAAAUAUUGCUAGAAAAAUUCUAAAAGCGGAAAACAACAAAAAUAUGUUAGCAUUAACAUGAAUGUUGUAUGGUUGGGUGUUAAAGAUUGGAACAUUUACCAGUAGGAGCAGUGUAGAUGUUGCAAGGUUUAAAGUGUCUGGACAAGAAUUUGUUUGAUUUAUAAGUGUUCAUGGUAUCAGAAAGAGUUUGCACAUAAACAAAUAUACUUGCAACAAAUUCUUGCUUUUACAAAUCAUACUUCCCAUGUACUAUUUUGAUGAAACUGUUAGUGUAUAAUGAUUUAUAGACCAUCUUCAUUUUUAUUACAUUUUUUUUGUUUUCAUUUUGGGGAUUUAAAGCCAAUCAUUAAUUUGUCAAUGAAAAAAGUUCAGAAAUACUUUCCUCUAAAUAGUACAUGAUAUUUGAGGUUUAGAUUUCCAUAUGUCUACUUGUAGAAAAUUCCCAUUUAAUAGUGUUCGGUGACUGCUAAAUUUAUCUGCUAAAUUCAUUAAAGAGACUGGUACUUGCAUGUAAAUGUACUUCAAAAAUAAGACUUUACACAAUUCGAGGACUGAGCACGAAACUAUUGUCUUGUUCUUUAUUUAUAUACAGUUACAAUAGUUUCGCGCUCAGCCCAUGACAUGUAAAAAAAUAAGCUUUACACAUGUAAAACUACCUUUUGCUAAAUUUUCAAUGUUCUGAAAUGCUUAUGCAAUAAUGAAAUUACUGUAAUACUACAGUACACGUAGGAAAUCUCUGCCUUAAUACAAUUUAUUAUAUUUACUUCUGGUCUUAAACAAAUAGUGAUUUUCAAAAAUUGCGAUGAUGUUGAAUUAAUUUAGAAAUGUUAUUUGUUUAUUUACAUUUAAAUGUGCUAAAGAUAUAUUUAUGAAAAUCAUUAUUUGUAUACGGGACUGUUUACCAUAUCUAUUAAAAUUCACAUAGCGUAAAGUUUAUAAACAGAAGAGAAACAAAAUUUGCAGGUAUAGCAGAAUUGGUUGAUACAUAAUUAGAAUGCGCUGUGAAUUUAAGUAAAUAUGGUAAUUAUUUUAUGUUAUGUAAAGUUUCCUUGGGACAUAUGUUUAAAACCUUGGAGCUUACAUUAAAAAUGUCUGGUCAUAGUAAAUUCAUUCCUGAAUUUUGUGCAUUUGUCUUUUGGAUAUUUUAAGGUUAAUUCAAAUUUUGUUUAAGAAUGUCUUUAACCCUUAGCCUGCUGGUGGCAAAGAAUUCUGCCUUUGCGACCAGUGCAGAUCAAGAUCAGCCUGCACAUCCGUGCAGUCUGAUCAUGGUCUGCACUGUUCGCUAUCCAGUCAGUAAAUUUUAAGUAAACACCCCUUCAAAUGAUAAAUGGUACAGCCCAAAUUAGAAGAUGGACCAGUCCAUUAUAGAAAUUUAGCAUGGUAAGGGUUAAUUAUAUGUACGGUUUUGAUCAAGGAGUGAAAUUACUAUGACCAAUUUAGAUUAUGGGACAAUCCACUAAAAUUAUGUUCUUUGUUUAUAAAUUUUAGUGUGAUAAUUAAAUGCAUGUUUUUUUGGCAUGCCUUUUUCUAUUUAUAUACAAGCAACAAAUAACGUGAACCAACUGUUUUGUUGUAAAUUUAUGAAAAGAUGAAAGCUUGAUGUUUAGAUAGAGUGCUUGAUUUAUUUGGGAAUGUUUACAUCCUAGUGUGUGCUAAAACUGUAGAAGACAGUGAGAAACUUACUUCUAGCUGUAGUUGAAAUUUUAUUGGAUUACCUCGAACUUUCUCUUACUUUUGUAUGGAAGUUGAAUGCUUGAGUUUUUAAGAUUGUUUUAUAAAUAGUUUUUGAUAUAUUGAGCUGUUAAUCAGUAAAUUGCACAUUUUGUACAAAAUGUUUUAAUUUAUUCCAAAUGUUUGUUUGUCAUUGCAUUAAUUAUCACAGAUAUUUGUUGAAUAUAACAAGUUAGUAACCACUGUGCGGAAAUUUCAUUAUGUUUCAUCAUUGUUUACAUUGAUACUUUAUCUACUUAGAGAUGGCACACUUGUUUUGUACUUUGAUUUAGAAGAUUACUGACCUAUUUUACAACCUUGUAUGCAAUUUAUUUAUAAGUGAUGUAAUUUCAUGCAUUUGGUAUGACGAGUAAUAAAAGGGUAUAAAAAUA